CCUCGGCGGACUCACAGUCUCUGCGACCCUGCUUCGUUUACGUUUACUCUAUCGAAGCUUCCAGGAUGCCGCGCAUUUAUUCACCAUCAAGCGCUGAAAUCAAGGAGCAUCCGCGCGCGUUUGCCAUUUUCCGCCAAGUUGCUCCUACUGGCGAGGCGAAUGCAGAGGCGCUGCAAGAGUACAUCAAGCUUUACGGAGAGCCUUCAAAGGCUGCAGCUGAGGGAGAAAUAUCCUUCGGAGACUUUGCCGCUCUCUUUGCCAAGCCUGCCACCCAGCGCAGCGAGCCUCCUACCAACUGCAUUGGCUACGCUGCCCAUGACAAGUCCGGCAUCCUGAGCCCCUUCCCGUUCGACCGCCGGACUGUGGGACCCACCGAUGUGCGCAUUCAAAUCACGCACGCGGGCAUUUGCCACAGCGACCUCCAUCAGGUCAAGAACGAGUGGGGAGGCUCCAUCUACCCCAUGGUCCCUGGUCACGAGAUUGUGGGUAUCGUAACGGAAGUCGGAUCAGAGGUGACGAAGUUCAAGCCUGGCGACCGUGCCGGCGUGGGCUGCAUGGUGGACUCGUGCGGGAGCUGCGAGAUGUGUGCCGAGCCGCGUGGGGAGGAGCAGUUUUGCAGGCGCUGCGUGUACACGUACAAUUGCAUCCAGCCGGAUGGAACUAUCGCGCAGGGUGGCUACUCUUCUCACAUUGUUGUGACGGAGAAGUUUGUACUGCGGCUGCCGGAUAACUUGUCGCUGGAGGAGACUGCACCGCUGCUGUGCGCGGGAAUUACCGUCUACAGCCCGAUGAAGCACUUUGGACUGGACAAGCCCGGACAGAAGCUGGGGGUUGUGGGGCUGGGCGGCCUGGGCCACAUGGCUGUCAAGAUUGCCAAGGGACUGGGUCUGCACGUGACGGUGAUUUCGACUUCCCUCAAGAAGAAGGAGGAGGCGCUCACGGUUUUGGGGGCGGAUGAGUUCGUGGUGUCGUCAGACGCUGAAGCCAUGAAGUCGGCUAUUGGCAGUCUGGACGGCGUUAUCGACACGGUGUCCGCUAAGCACGACCUGAAUGCCCUGGUGGGGCUCCUCAAGCUGGACGGAAAGCUGGUGCUGGUGGGGGUGCCGGAUGCGCCUCUGGAGAUGCCGAGUAUGGCCCUCAUCUUCAAGCGAGCGACGGUGAGCGGCUCGCUCAUCGGCGGCAUUAAGGAGACUCAGGAGAUGUUGGACUUUUGCGGCGAGAAGGGCAUUGGCGCCACCAUUGAGAAGAUUCCCAUUGACUACGUCAACACUGCGUACGAGCGGAUGCUCAAGAGCGAUGUCCGCUAUCGGUUCGUGAUUGACAUCCAAGGAUCGCUCAUUUGCUGAGUUGCUAUGUAUGUGUUGAGCUGCAGCCUCUCCUGCUGAUCAGGACGGGAAUGUUAUAUUUGGCAGACCUUCGCGCGCUGACUUGUUCUGCUGUCACAGCCGCAGCAGUGUGCCACGUGUGAUUCCGCUCUGGGCAGGGCCGUACGACAGAAAGAUUUGUUUGUUAACCCUAUUGCCAGGCUAGCGGUAUUGUGCGAAAUGUUCAAAAUUUAGAAAUGUAUAUCCUCGUGUUUUGGUCGCGGGUGUGUUUUAAUGCGUCCUGCGCUUCAUUUCGGAGGAGUGUGGAAGCUAUACCCGCAGACUCAUUGCUUUUUUGAGCGAGUGGCAUGGCCUUGUGUGGGUGGAGUCGCAGAUGAUGGCGAGCGAAUAGCAGUAGCAUGUUGACAGCAGAAUUUGCGUCUAGCAUGGAUAAUAACGAAUGACCACCAUGCAUGUUGAAUGGUGCGGAUAUCAGUUGGAAGUUUGUUUCCAGCUGCAAUGCAACAUUGCAGAAAAACAGCCUGCACUCUGCAGCAAUCGCUGAUCGUCUGUAAACCGUAAUGACAAUC